AUGCUGCGCCCAAGCCAGAGAAGAAGGACCUCCCAGCCGCGGCUCGAGGGCCAGGAGUUCUGCAUUAAGCAUAUCCUGGAGGACAGGAGCGCCCCUUUCAAGCAGUGCAGCUACGUGUCGACCAAGAACGGGAAGCGGUGCCCAAAUGCUGCGCCCAAGCCAGAGAAGAAGGACGGCGUGUCGUUCUGCGCGGAACAUGCCCGUCGGAACGCGCUGGCUCUCCAGGCUCAGAUGAAAAAGUCCAACCCUGGACCUGCCAGUGAGACGCUGCUCUGCCAGCUCAGCUCUUACGCCAAAACCGAGCUGGGCUCCCAGCCUGCAGAGAGCAGCCGCAGCGAAGCCAGUCGAAUCCUAGACGAGGACAGCUGGAGCGAUGGCGAGCAGGACCCUAUCACUGUGGAGCAGACGUGGCGAGGGGACCCGGACAGCGAGGCUGACAGCAUCGAUAGCGACCAGGAGGAUCCCUUGAAGCACGCUGGGGUAUACACAGCCGAGGAGGUGGCUUUAAUCAUGCGAGAGAAGCUGAUCCGCCUGCAGUCCCUGUACAUCGACCAGUUCAAGCGACUCCAGCACCUUCUGAAGGAGAAGAAACGUCGCUACCUGCACAGCCGCAAGGGAGAGCACGAAGCCAUAGGCAGCAGCCUCCUGACGGGCCCGGAGGGGCUCAUGGCCAAGGAGCGGGAGAACCUGAAGCGCCUCAAGUGCCUGCGGCGCUACCGGCAGCGCUUCGGCGUGGAGGCCCUGCUGCACCGGCAGCUGCGCGAGCCCUGGCCCUGAUCCCCUGGGAUUUUGGCCCCCAUGGAUUGCUCCAGGGUUGCACACACCACCCGCUCCAGCCAGAGGUGCUUGGCCUUUGUGGAUGAUGUCCGAUGCUCCAACCCGUCCCUCCCGAUGACCAGGCACUGCCUGACCCACAUCUGCCAAGACACUAAUCAGACUCUCUUCAAACCGUGUCAAGGCUCGGAGGAGGCGCCGUGCAACAAGCCCGUUCCCGUGAGCCUCUCGGAGGAGCCGUGCUGCCCGCUGCACCUCCGCCUGCCUCCGCAGAUGUACGUGCCCGAGCAGGUGCUCUCCGUGCCGCAGGAGCUGGACGCUGCCCCCACGGAUCUGUACCUGAGCGCCGCUGAGCUCCAGCCCACGGAAAACUUGCCCCUGGAGUUCAGCGACGAUUUGGACGUGGUGGGUGAUGGCCUGCAGUGCCCCCCGUCCCCGCUGCUCUUCGAUCCUUCCCUGGCCCUGGAGCAGUCCAUGCGGGACGUGGCCGAGGCCCCCAUCGACAUCCUGGCCCUCGAGGAGCCACCCGCGGUGCCGCCGGACAGGGGGAUCUUGUCCGGCCACGUCUUCCCCCCGGCCCGCUCCAGGCAGCCCCUGGCCUCCAGAGCUGCUCCCGACGACCAGAGGCAGGAGGAAGCAGCGGCCUCCGGCCCGGCCCGCGGAGCAGCCACCAACGGGAGCCUGGAUCCGGCCUCUGCAGAGAACUCGGCACUGGCCCAGGCCAACGAGAACCAGCGGGAGACGUAUGAGCGCUGCCUGGACGAG